UCCUAUUCGUCCGAUAUCCCACAAAGCAAUAUUUUCCGCAUGCAACUAAAAACUAAAUAAUAAAAUGCAAGCUGUGAAAUUGUAAUUGCCAAGUUGAUUCGAUUAGAAAAGCCACUUGGUUGCUGAAGAAUCUCCAUUCGGCCACCAGAAAGCCGACUGCCGGAAAAGCCCACUACCCAGCCGGAAAUUGCAAGAAUAGUUUCUUCGCCUUGAGGUUGCGAUUUUACAAUUUGUUGUCGGCUCCAGUGCAAAAGUCCCAAAAAACGUAAAGAAUAUUUUUCAGUAAGUCUCUGAGCGGACAAAACCAGGCCGGUUCGUCGAGAGCAGGGCAGGAUCAGGUGACUAGGAGCGGAGUAGAAAGGCAAGCCUGCGGGCAGCAGGGGCCCAAAGCUAUGAGUGCUGCCAAGAAGUACAAGCCUAUGGACACAACUGAACUGCACGAGAACACUGAAAAUAUCGCCGCCUGCCUGAAAAAGGCCGAGAACGCUGCUUCCACUGCUGUCGCCGCCUCGAGUCUGGGCCGCAGUGCUUUUGCUGCCCAAAACAUGAACUCCGCAUCCACCAAUGGCGAACGCCUGCCAAAUUUCUCAAAGCUGGGAAGCAGCCAUGGGGAAAUUCGCACGGCUUCAACUACCUCAAACCUUCUCAAUCGCAUGGGGGCGAUACACAACAGCAAGCCCGGCGAUGUCAAGAAGAUAGUGAUUAAGAACUUCAAGGCUAAGCCCACACUGCCCGAUAACUACUCCGAGGACACUUACGUCAAGCUCGAGGAGGCCGUUAUCGCCAUCCAGCUUUCUAAGCCCAUUAAAUAUUCGUUGGAAGAGCUGUAUCAGGCGGUGGUCAACAUGUGCAGCCACAAGAUGGAUGCGCAAUUGUACGCUAAACUCAAGGAGCUAACAGAGCAGCACGUAAAACGAAAUAUAAAGCUUAAGGAGCUCACUGGCGGCAGCAUGGACAAACUGAUUUUGUUGGAGAAAAUCAACCACUGGUGGCUCUCUUUCUGCCAGCAGAUGAUAAUGAUUCGCAGCAUAUUCCUAUAUAUGGACCGGACCUAUGUAUUGCAGAACUCGUCUAUUCAUUCGAUUUGGGACAUGGGGCUGGACCUUUUCCGCAUCCAUUUUGCUCAGAACAGCGUUGUCCAAAAGCGAACCGUCGAUGGUUUACUAACACUGAUUGAAAAGGAACGCCAGGGCUCCACCGUGGACCGUGGUCUGUUGAAGAGUUUGGUUCGCAUGCUGUGCGAUCUGCAGAUUUACACUAGCUCAUUUGAGGAGAAGUUCCUCGACGCAACCAAUCAACUUUAUAAGGCUGAGAGUCAACGCAAGAUGCAGGAACUGGAGGUGCCCGAGUACUUACAGCACGUCAACAAGCGUCUGGCCGAGGAGAACGAGCGCCUGCGGCACUAUCUAGACUCCAGCACAAAGCAUCCGCUGAUAUACAAUGUGGAAAAGGAGUUGCUUGCCGAACACCUUACGUCUAUAUUGCAAAAGGGGCUAGAUUCAUUGUUGGAAGACAACAGACUGACCGACCUCACGUUGUUGUACGGGCUGCUUAGCCGAGUCAAAAAUGGAACUUCUGAAUUGUGUGGGAACUUUAACGGUUUCAUUAAGAAAAAGGGACGCACCAUUGUCAUCGAUCCUGAGAAGGAUAAGAGUAUGGUCCAGGAUCUGCUCGAUUUCAAGGAUAAAAUGGAUGUGAUCGUUCGCAGUUGCUUUGAACACAACGAGAAAUUCACAAACUCGUUACGUGAAGCAUUUGAGUUCUUUAUCAACCAGCGUGCCAACAAGCCGGCCGAGCUCAUUGCAAAAUAUGUAGACAUGAAAUUGCGAUCAGGUAACAAGGGAACCACCGAUGAAGAAUUGGAGAAGACUUUGGAUAAAAUUAUGGUUCUGUUUCGAUUUAUACAUGGAAAGGAUGUCUUUGAAGCGUUUUACAAAAAGGACUUGGCUAAACGAUUACUUGUGGGUAAAUCGGCUUCAGUGGAUUCUGAAAAAAGUAUGCUGUCUAAGCUAAAGCAGGAAUGCGGCGGAGGAUUUACGUCGAAACUGGAAGGCAUGUUUAAGGACAUGGAAUUGAGUCGGGAUAUUAAUAUUGCUUUCCGCGGACAUGCGUUAAGCAACAAUCGCGAUGUCCACAACUUGGAUCUAUGUGUCAGCAUUCUGACCAUGGGCUAUUGGCCUACAUAUGCGCCCACGGAAGUCACAAUGCCACCGCAGUUUAUUAAUCCCCAACAAAUUUUUAACAAGUUUUAUCUUGAAAAGCACAGCGGGCGGAAGUUGCAGUGGCAGCCAACUUUGGGAAAUUGUAUGCUGCGUGCGCAGUUUGAUGCGGGCCCAAAGGAAUUGUUGGUUUCGCUGUUUCAAGCGCUUGUACUGUUAUUGUUUAACGAUAAGCCAAUUCUAAGUUAUGAGGAGAUAUUGGCCGCCACACUCAUCGAGGAUGGAGAGUUACGCCGAACACUGCAAUCUCUGGCGUGCGGUCGCGCUCGCGUCAUAACGAAAACACCGAAAGGUCGUGAAAUUUUGGAUGGCGACCAGUUUGACUUUAACAAUGAGUUCACAAACAAAUUGUUCAGGAUCAAGAUCAACCAAAUACAGAUGAAGGAGACGAACGAAGAGCAAAAGGCGACGGAGGAGCGUGUUUUCCAGGAUCGUCAGUAUCAAAUAGAUGCGGCUAUUGUGCGUAUUAUGAAAAUGCGUAAAACGCUAAGUCACAAUCUACUCAUCACUGAGCUGUUCAACCAGCUCACCUUCCCCGUCAAGCCCGCUGACUUAAAGAAACGUAUCGAGUCACUCAUAGAUCGCGAUUACAUGGAGCGGGACAAGGAUAAUCAAAACCAAUACAACUAUGUGGCUUAAAAUGCCUCCGGCUUCUGUGAACUUCGAACGCCGAGUCGAUUGUACUUCGUUCUAUACCAUACGCAUACAUACUAACAGUCUAAUGAAGUUUUUGGAGCGUCCUGGUCCGGUCAGCGAUGUCUAGAGUCUUUUAGCUGUAAUUUUGUUUCUUUCAUAACAAGAUCGAUGAACAAUUUCCCAUCUAAAGGUAGUGUUGCGACAGUUCUUUUUGUAAGUUACCUUAUCAACUAAAAAAUUAGGCGUUUAAUUUACAAUCCGUGCCCCUCGAAAGAGAUUGGAAAGUAGAAUGCUCCAGCAAUAUAAAAAUGUCCUCAAACCGAUAAAAGAACCAAGCGUUCAAUAAACUCAUUUAUUGGACUAA